AUGCAACCUCCCAGUUUGAGGUUGGGAGUGCUAUGUCGUCGCUUCAUCUUUGGCGCAACACCAUGGAUUUCAGUAACAAAACGAUACCGUAGCGUCAAAAAAAGUAAACCGGCCCCGCCAGGUGGAUGGUCAAACCAACAACGCACUCCUUGGUCUCGUCCAGGAGGAAACCACCCACCACACAUACCUCAGAACAACUACCCACCCAUAGACCCACUCAACCCUACCUUCUUCUUCGAAUUAAACGUAUCCCGCUGGACAACCCAUCCCCAAUCUUCAUCCCGCCUCGCCCUCUACGGCAUACCCACACAGGACAUCCGACCCCUCCUCAGCGCCUUUUCCGCCGCCGUCAAAGCCAAAGAACUCUCCUCACCAGACUUAGAAGACUACUACACCCUCUCCAGACUCUCACACGUCCAAUCACACGAAAGCGAUCGAGAAAUAGACAUCAUAUACAGCACCACAUUCUUCGCAUGGGUCUCUCAUCCCUCCUCCGCCCCGCGUCUUUCCACCAUCCCACAAAGCACGACGGAGCACAUCGUCCAACUCGCACAAGCCGCCGAUCGUUCGUUCUUACAUGAACAAUACCCAGCUGCACGGAAAAUGCAUCGAAAAGUGAUCAUGCACGUCGGCCCAACCAAUUCCGGGAAAACGCACCACGCUUUACGCGCACUCGCAGCGUCCAAGAGGGGUGUAUACGCAGGCCCGUUAAGGCUUCUUGCACAUGAAGUCUGGGAACGUCUCAACCUCGGACAAAUCGUCCCCUUGGGGAUGGACGAGCCCCCAAUUACACUUACACCCACAGCAACAGACGACGUCACCCCCUCCUCCCCCUCAAAAUCAAAACAAACAGCCUACGCACGAGUCUGCAACAUGAUAACAGGCGAAGAACAAAAAAUAGUAUCCGACGACGCUCCCCUCCUCUCAUGCACCGUCGAAAUGCUAAACUUCAACACGCGCUACCAAAUCGCCGUGAUCGACGAAAUCCAAAUGAUAGCGGACCCUCAACGCGGAAGCGGUUGGACGAGUGCAGUUCUCGGUAUCCUAGCUGAAGAACUCCAUUUAUGCGGCGAGGAAACGGCCGUUCCGGUCGUUCAAGCCUUGUUGAAAGAUACAGGCGAUGAAGUUGUUAUUAGGCGGUAUGAACGACUGACGCCUUUGAAGGUUGCUGAAACGAGUUUAGGGGGUGAUUUGGGGAAGGUUGAGAAGGGGGAUUGUAUUGUGACGUUUAAGAGGAGUUCGAUAUUCGCGAUUAAGAAGGAGGUGGAGAGGAAGACGGGGAUGAAGUGUGCCGUUGUUUAUGGACGGUUGCCACCUGAGAUUAGGAGUGAGCAGGCGGCGCUGUUUAAUGACCCCGGGAGUGGGUAUGAUGUUAUGGUUGGGAGUGAUGCGAUUGGGAUGGGGUUGAAUUUGAAAAUCCGACGGAUUAUAUUCGAAUGCUUGACUAAAUACUCAGCAGGCGCCUUUCAACCCCUCUCAACAUCCCAAAUCAAACAAAUAGCAGGCCGUGCAGGGCGGUAUGGACAACAUCUCUCUUCUUCCUCCUCUUCCUCACACUGCGGCUACGCAACAACACUCCAUCCCGCCGACCUCCCAACGCUCUCCUCAGCCCUCUCAAAGCCCUUCAAACCAGUGCACCAUGCACACAUAACCUACUCCACCACAACCUUCUCUGCUCUCCGCUCCCUACUCCCCCCCUCUUCAGCAGGAAGCACAAAGACGGUGUUAAGUGCACAUGCAUAUAUCGGGCGACUACCCAAAUUCGUGAGGUAUACAUACGACGCGCAGGUCGAUCAGGCGUGCGAGUGCGUUGAUCUUUACGGUGGCGAUGCGAAUGAGGGCAUGACGGUACGAGAACGUUUGAAACAUCUUAGUGCGCCUGUUGGAUGGAGGGAUGAAGUGAUGAUUGGGGUUAUGGCGCGGUUUUUGGGGAUGUAUAAGGAGAGGCAGGAGGUGGAUUAUUGGGAGGGUGUUGGGGACCUUGGGUUUAUGGAGUGUUUGGUGGGGGUUGAGGGUGCUAUGCGCGUUCAGGCUCAGCCGCCGAUUCCCAUUCCUACCAAUAUUGACGUGGAGGGAACCAACAACGACAAUGACAAGGGGAAGAACAAGAACAAGAAGCAGAAGAAAACACCCAGAAUGAAACCAACAAACCCAACCCUCCAAACCCUCGAAUCGUUCCAUAAGACAGCAGUGAUGUAUAUAUGGCUCUCUUAUCGGAUGCCGGUGGUGUAUGCGCAGCAGGAGGAGGUGGUGAGGGUUAAGAAACGGGUGGAGGUGGCGUUGGAGUGGUGUUUGGAGGGGAUGACAGCGGGGGGCAGUGGGAAGGAGGAGAGUCAUAAGGAGACAAAUGAGGAGACAAAGGAGAGGAGGAAGGAGAGGGAGAAGGAGACGAUUGUGGUGGCUUUGAGGGCACCGAUUAAGGAUGAGGAGGGGAAGGUGCCAAUUAAGGGGGGUGUGGAUAUGCUUGUGGUCUCCCCGAAAAAUGUGAUUUAUAGUAUUUAG